UGUCUGUCGAGAUGAAUAUCUCGUGGCUUGCUUUUCUAGUUUUUGCAGUUGCUUUGGGUAUUAUGAUCAAAUCCAAAGCUUUCAUGAAAAUCUGGGGCUUGUUUGGUCUCCUUUUUAGCACUGUCAUGGGUUUCUUUGCUUCAGUUUUGUUUCAGCGUCAGACUUGCUCUCGUCCUUUGUUGCGUGAAGAUGAAGAGGAAGAUAUAGGGUUGCUGAAGAAGACGAAGGAGAUGAUGACUGAAAAAGAAGAUGAAGACAAGCCUAAUAAUAAUAAAUCUGAGUGGAGGAAGAAGAAGAAGAAGAUGAUGAAGAAGAAGUGGUCUAGAGAAGAAGAUGAAGACAUGUAUGAUGAUGAUAUGCGUAUGGAAUAUGAUAACAUCAGUAUAUGGCAGGCGAUGGAGAAUGUCCGUAAAAUAAAAUGAGGCAACUUCGAAUAUAUACACGAAUGUCACAUGCUUAUUUUGAUUUUCAAUUAUGUUUCUCCUUACCCAAAACACCAAACCUAAUUUAUUGGCCAUGUAAUUGAUAUCUGUAUUAGUUUAUUGGAUCCAAUAUCAUUCAUCUACCACAUUAAUUGACAUCCUUCAUUUAUACAA